UGUUACAAGACAUGUUAUAUGUUAACGUCAAGACUGUCAACUUGCAGCAUUUCGACUUCCCCCUCGCCAACCCUCUGCGGGUGUUUGAGACGGUGCUGGACCCUCAGCAGGAGUACCCAAUGGUGUGUACAGGGGUCUCUUGGGGUUCCAGCCCCACCCUGCCUGUCACUUUAGAGUACAUCAACCUCAAUUCCAACACUUCCUGGUUUACACACGCCGACGUAGCAGAGAAGCACUGCCCAAAUGUUGUACAAGUCAACCAGCUGGACAGCAGCUCGCUGCUCGUCCUCUUAGAAAGGUCAGUGCACAUACUCGGCCUGGAGGGGGAGCUAAAGAGCAUCGGGCAAAAUGAGACCACGUUCCCUCAUGAUGUGGAGUCUGUAGUGAUGUCCCUCAACUAG